AUGACCGGGACCGAAGCCCUCCUGCCCGUCCUCUUGCUCCUGCUGGCUUUCGGCCACGGCACCCAUGGAGGUGAAUGCCCCUUGACCUGUGACCCCACACAUGGAACCUGCGUGGAUGACAAUAUUUGCAGGUGCCGGCCUGGCUGGCAGGGUGCCCUGUGUGACCAGUGCAUGACCUCUCCCGGCUGCGUUUACGGAAUCUGUGAAGAACCCUGGCAGUGCCUUUGCAGCGAAGGCUGGGGCGGGGAAUUCUGCGACAUAGACAUGCGGCCUUGCAACUUGAUGCCCUGCGCCAACAAUGGGACCUGCGUGAACCGGGAGGGCGGCCAGUAUGAAUGCUUCUGCACCCUUGGGUUCGCGGGACCGACCUGUGAGAGGGACUACGGGCCUUGUGCCAUCGAAGGUUCCCCCUGCAAGAACCAAGGCGCCUGCGUGGAUGAUGAUGGCGAGGCUAAUUUUCCCUCCUGCCGGUGCCGCCCUGGCUUCUCGGGCAAUUUCUGCGAGAUCGUGGUCAACAGCUGCAUCCCCAACCCAUGCAAGAAUGAUGGUGUCUGCACCGACAUUGGGGGCGACUUCCGCUGCCGCUGCCCCACUGGCUUCGUCGACAAGACCUGCAGCCAGGCCGUGAACAACUGCGGCGGCAUCCCGUGCCUGAACGGAGGCACCUGCUCGCAGCACUCACAGGUGAGCUACGAGUGUGUGUGCACGCCCGAGUUCACAGGCCCCUCCUGUGUCAAGAAGCGCGCGCUGGGCCCCAAGCAGGACACCCGUCUGCCUGCCAAUUAUGGGCUGACCUACCGCGUGACCCCCGGGGUGCAUGAGGUACCAGUGGGACCGCCCGAGUACCAUAUCCUGAAGGUGUCUGUGAAAGAGGUCAAAAAGAACACCCCUCUCCUCACUGAGGGACAGGCUGUCUGCUUCACCAUCCUGGGCGUGAUCACCAGUCUGGUGUUGCUGGGCACCUUGGGCAUCGUCUUCCUCAACAAGUGCGAGGGCUGGGCGUCCGCCCUGCGCCGCUUCUGCAGGCUGCGCAGGAACAACGUGCUCCUGCAUUACCAAAGCGGCGAGGACCUGGCGGUCAACAUCAUCUUCCCAGAGAAGAUCGACAUGACCACCCUCACCAGGGAGACCAUGGAGGAGGCGAUCUGAGCAGCGUCCCGUCCCCACAGCACCCCCUCCCAUCCUAGGGGUUCCACAGGGCUUGCUACAUGCGGUCUGUGCUAGUGUUUGUGGUGGAGUGCGCUAUAUUUUGUGUCAAACCUGGUGAAUGCUGCGCUUGCGUAUAUUGUCCUUGUGUUGCCAUGUGACAAACGCAAUGCUAAAAGAUCCCCAAAGAUCCUCUUUCUCUCAAUUAAUGCAUGCUAAAGAAUAAUAAGAAUUUCAUCUUU